GCAAGACAAUUACCGUUACGUUUAUAUCAAAUAGGUCGAAAAUACCGGGAUGAGCUUCGACCGAGAGCAGGAUUAUUAAGAGGACGUGAAUUUAUAAUGAAGGAUCUUUAUUCGUUUGAUAAGAGUCAGGAGGAUGCCUAUGCUAGUUAUGAUCAAGUAGGAGAGGCCUAUCGUCGUAUCUUUCAAAGGAUAGGAGUCCCAUUUGUAGUAGCAGAUGCUGAUAGUGGUAAUAUGGGUGGCUCCAAGUCACAUGAAUAUCAUUUAAUCUCUCCAGUUGGGGAAGAUACCCUUUUAACCUGUUCUCAUUGUGGUUACACUGCUAAUCAAGAACUUGCCGUAGGCCACUAUAAGCGCGAUGAUGAGAAUCCUGUUUCGACUUUAGAGGAGCACCCGUUUCUGAAUUCUAUUAUUCCAGCUAAUGCAAGAACUCAUAUCAGAUCGACUGUCGUUACCUUUCAAUCCUCUUCUGGCGACGUAAAUCAAGGUUGGGCUGCCAUCUUGACACCCAUGGAUCGAUUACCGAAUUUACUUAAAAUACAAACACAAUUAAAUCAAUAUCUAGCGACAGCCGUAGAUGUUCAUGAGCUAUCAUCAGCGAAAUUGAAUACAAUCGAUCCAGAUACGAUAUCGCACCUUCAUCUCUUUGUCGAUGAUGCAGUGCAGGUACCACCUCUUUUAGAUACCAAUCGAGUCACCCUUCAUCCUCCUAGCCUAUUUCGAUUGACGAAAGCAGGCGAUACCUGUCUCUCAUGUCAAGAGGAAAGUGGAGCACGACUUUCAAGUGUAAAAGCCAUUGAAUGCGGACAUACAUUUUAUUUAGGUACACGUUAUUCAGCUGAUUUGGGCUGUAAGUUUCGCGAUAUAGAUGGUACAUGGAAGGAAGUGGAGAUGGGAUGCUAUGGUAUUGGUAUUACACGAUUAUUAGCGGCUGUAGCAGAGGCGUGUCAUGAUGACCGAGGUCUUGUUUGGCCAUCCUCCAUUGCACCUUAUCGUGUUUGUAUUGUCACGACAACUGAGAGAGAGGAGGAAGCGGCGUUAAGGAAUCAAGUCUAUGAUGCACUUGACAAAAUCCAUAAAGGUGAUGUGAUGAUAGAUGAUCGCUUAAAGACUGGAUUUGGUGCUAAAAUGAAAGAUGCAGAGUUAAUGGGAUAUCCCUUUAUUGUUGUUAUUGGAUCAAAGUCGAUUCAUCAUGAUAGAAUCGAAUUACAUGAACGUAUUCAAAAUAGCGAAAAUAGAAAAUCAAUGGUGACACUUGAAGAAUUAAUAAAUAAAACCAUGUAAACUAUUUAUUUAUUUAUUUAUUUAUUUAAUAAGGAUCACGAUUUUCAGCCUUUUGAAUUGUAUUAUAUAAAACUUGAGCUUCAAUAGGAGGCUCAAUUUCACCUCUUAAAAUAGCAUCAGCACGUAUAGGUUUACCAUAGAAAUUUGUAUUUGCACGAGU